AUGACUCAUCUCUUGUGGAAAUCCUACUGGGAAGACGAUGUCGACAGGUUUCGACGCCUCCUCUCACCCGCCGGCCAGGGCGCUCAGAAUGCCGCGCGGAGUUCGAACAUAGGGGCUGCGGGGAGUCCUGGCCAUGGCCAUGGCACGCCACCGAGACCGACUCCAAAGUCGCGCAAGACUCAGGGGCAUGGGAAUGGAUCGCUUGGUCGGAACGAAGUCAACAGCCGUGACCAUGCCGGUCUGACGAUAUUGCUGCGCGCAGCCUCCUCGACCGCCGAAAACGCCGUUUCUUUUGUCGAAGCUCUGCUCGGGCACCCCGCCAUUGACAUCUACGCCCAGGACCCGGAGAGUGGCUGGAAUGCGCUCCACAGGGCUCUGUAUGCGGGCAACAUUUCCAUUGCGAGGAUGCUUCUUGAAAAGGAACGCGCCGACUUGACAGGGCACAUGGUUUCGGUGAACCGAGUGGGACAGCUUAUCAAGACGAAGGACCACGAAGGCAACAGUCCGUUUGACUUGUACAACUCGACCAUUGGAGAACGUAAUUUGAAGGAUUGGGAUAGUGCCCAAGUGGCUGACGAUGGGUCGGAUAGUGAUGACCCGGAGGAAACUGUUGAGAGCAUCACAGCCGCGAGUCACCGGAACGGCAUCGGAGAGGACUUGUAUGCCUUUGGAAGCAACAGAAACCUAUCCUUGGGCUUUGGGGACGAGGACGAUCGUCAGUUUCCCGAGCGAGUGUUUCUGAACCGCCCAGACCACCUCCUGCAACGAUUUUACAAUGAGUAUCUCGAAGAAAUCGGCGCCCAACGACCGGCGUCACAGGAUCUGUCCAAGAUUCCUGCUUUGGUCCUGAACCGGCCAUUGAUGAUGCAGGAUGUCGUGCUCUCCAAGCUCCACAGUGCAGUUCUAACAACAGAUCCGGUUUCUAACCUUUACAUCUGCGGUGUUGGACGUGGUGGCCGGCUGGGUCUCGGUGAUGAGAACACGCGCUUCACCUACGUUCCUGUGCAGGGCCCUUUUGUCGAUCGCAGGGUUGUCCAGGUGGCUCUGGGACAAAAUCACACCAUGGCUGUUGAUGACACGGGUGCUUUGUGGACCUGGGGCAGCAAUGCCCAGUCACAACUAGGGUAUGCGCUUCCCGCUCCGGCGAGGAAGGACGAGGAGCCCAUCAGCACCAUACCUCGUCAAGUUUUUGGUGCCUUGAAAAAGGAGGUUGUUCUUGGCGUCGCUGCCUCAUCGGUACACUCGGUUGCUCACACGGGUGCAUCGCUUUACUGCUGGGGCAAGAAUCUUGGCCAGCUGGCCUUGAUGGAUGCUGACUCGAGAUCGCUGGAACACCAGCAAACCCCUAGAAAGGUGGCCGCGUCCCUUUUCUCGUCGCCGAUUGUCAUGGUCAGCGCCAUUGACAAGGCGACAACUAUCCUGCUGCAGAACCACACAGUAUGCAUCUUCACGGGCUAUGGUUAUCAUAUUGUCAAAUUCCCAUUCGCGAGCUUUGACUACAUCGGCAACCUCAGAUUGUCAAAUCGGCAUGAAGUAGGUUGGAAUCAGGUCAGCUACAUCACCUCGGGCGGAGAAACCAUUGCGGCGUUGACGAAACGGGGUGAUUUGUUCACCAUGAAUCUGGAUCACAAAAUGGAAACGAACCCACCGGCCACAUCGACGACGAACCCUUCCAAGCUCAAGGGCGCCGUGACGGCACCUCAACGGAUCUGGAAUGCCAGUAAGGACGGGGUCUGUUCGGUUGGUGUCGGGGAAAAUGGUUCGGUGAUUCUCAGCACCAAGUCUGGAGCUGUGUGGCGAAGGAUCAAGCGUGUAAAAGGCAAGGGCGCUUCUUCCGCCAACAACAUUUCGGAAUCGAAGAGGAAUUUCAAGUUCCAGCGCGUCCCUUAUAUCACCAAGGUUGCUACUGUUCGGGCCUCUGCGUAUGGGGCUUUUGCUGCUAUCCGGGAGGACUCGGAGGUGAUGAAGCAGCAGCUGGCCGUGGAUGAGCAGGCUCUGUGGGAUGAUGUGGCGCCGUUGAACUGUCUGGAGGGGUUUGAGGCUUCUGAGGAUGGGGAAUCCACGCAAGAAAGCCGGAAGUUUUGGGAGAACCCUGAUCUUGAGGCACGACUUGGGGAUAUCGCUUAUGAAAUCUUGAGGUCCCCGGAUCUGGAGAGAGACUUGGCUCAGCACCUGGCCACGUGGGGAUGCCGAAACGAACCAUUGGACACGGUCGUUUGCGUGUCGUCCGCCCCUGAGCUCAAAAUUCCUGUGCACAGCUGGUUACUCUCUGCGCGCAGCUCGGUACUCCGACGAGCGUUGUCAGAGUUUCGGGCGACGGGCAGCUACGCACAUGAGUUGUUCACCGUUCACAAGGAGGACGACGACGGCAGCAAAACGGUCGUUUGCCUCCAGGGCUUGGACCUGCUCACGCUGUUGAACCUGGUGCUUUUUGCCUACCGGGACCGGGUGGUUCCGGUGUGGAACUAUACGCGGCAUGCUCCUGCGCUGGCAUAUCGGUACCGUCAGGUGCGGUUGGAGGUCAUGAGACUGGCCGCGCGACUCGAAAUGCACAACCUUGAGGCUGCAGCGAGGCUGCAGGUGGAACCGCAGAGGUGCAUGGAUGAGGACUUUCGGGCUGCGCUCAACGGGGACAGGAGGCGGUUUUUUGAGGAUGGGGAUGCGCUGCUCGAGCUUGAUGGGACGGAGGUGGCUGUUCACAGCAGGUUUUUGUGCAGGCGGUGUCCGUGGUUUGAGGGCUUGUUCUUUGGGCGGUCCGGGGGGGCGUGGCUUGCUGGUCGUAGGCAGCAGGAGGAGAGGAUCAUCAGGCUUGAUAUGAAGCACAUGGACUCUACGGCGUUUGGGUAUGUGUUGCAGUAUCUUUACGCAGAUGCGGGGGUUGAGCUGUUUGACUCGGCGGUUUGCGACACGUUUGAUGACUUUUUGGAUCUGGUCAUGGAGGUCAUGUCGACUGCGAACUAUUUGAUGCUGGACCGACUGGCACAGAUAUGCCAGAAGGUCAUGGGACGGUUUGCGAAUAUUCGGAAUAUUGCGCAUUUUCUCAAUGCGAUUGGGCCGUGUUCGGUUACCGAGUUCAAGGACGCGGGGUUGGAGUAUAUUUGUCUUCAGCUGGAGACGAUGCUGGAGAAUCACUUGCUUGACGAGCUGGAUGAAGACUUGUUGCUGGAGCUGGAUGCUGUGGUGAGGGAUAACCAGCUGGCGCAUUAUCCUUAUCUGGCGAGUUAUCGGGCGCAGCUGAGCAGUCAGUUGGAUGAUGCGGGGUUGGCGGAGGAUGUACUCGAGGAGAGGCAGGUUAGGGUUAGGGAAAUGGGGUUCAAGGUGCAGAAGGAAGAGGAGAGGAAGAUGGGUGUUGUGAGUGGGAGGACCAAGUUUGGGAGUCUGGAGGAGGGGAGUUUGUUCACGCCUACGCCUGAUAGGGUCAGGAAGGGGAGGAAUGAGCCUUUUAGUCCGGAUUUGAAGGCGAAGGGGGAGCAGGGGGAUAUGAUGUUUGACAUGGAGGGGGAGGAGGAAGAUGAUUCCUCGCCUAUCAACAGUCCCUCCCUGCGACCCCGAAAGACUGGUGAAGUACCCGCGGAGGACAAGAUCGCACCGCUGGGGAGCUCGGUGAAGGGGAAGGGGAAGAAAGUCUGGAUCAGCUUUGAGCAGUCGUCGCCUCCGGUCAGCCCGUAUUCCGCGCCUAGUCCUGCAAAACCUACACUUGCUGCUACCCGUCCCGUGGAUGUAGGUGGUACUACUCCAGUCAAGACGGGGACUCCGUGGGGUGGUGCGGCUGCUGUGUUGACGGAGAAGCUUGACCUGAGAGGCAUCAUCCAGUCGGAGAGCCCCAAGUCGGCGCUGUCGGCGGGGUUGGCGGCGCAGAAGGUGAAGGAGGGGGGUGCCCCACGGCCUGCUCAAGGAAAGAUGAGCCAGAAGGAGAAGAAGAGGCAGCAGCAGGUGGAAAAGGACGCUCAGUUGGCGAUGGCGGCAUCGAAGGCGGAGCAGCAGUCGAAGAAUGCGUGGGAACGAGCCAAAGAUGAGUCCGCGUCCGCGGCACCGUGGAAGCUGGCUACUAUCAAAGGCCGGGGUGGACCUAAACCUCCUGCUCAGCCAUCACCACAACUCCUCCCUCCCGCCGUCAAACCGGUACAGACAAUAAGGAACGCCUCCCCCGACACGAGGUUUGCGGGUCAGCGUUCUACUCCUUCAUCCAGCGCUCCCAAACCUGCUGUCCCUGCAAAGAAGGAAGAGCCCCUGGUGCCGCACUCGAAAAAUUACAUUGUGCCUGCGCACAAGCUGGAGAGGGACUUGAUGGCGGGCUUCACGAUGGAGGAUAUCAUGCAGCAAGAGAUUAGAGUCAAAGAGAGCGUGAAGGAGGCGGCGGCGAAGAGGAGCUUGGAGGAGAUUCAGCAGGAGCAGGCGUUUCAAGAGUGGUGGGAUGCGGAGGAGAAGAGGAUGAGGGAGGAGGAGGAGAGGAGGUUGGGUGGUGUUGGGGCGGGGGGGAGUAAAAAGGAGGGUGGUAACAAGAGGGGACGGGGGGGGAGGAGAGGUGGGGGUGGUGGUGGUGAGGGUGAGAGGAGGGAUAAAGCUAGGGGGGUUGGUGAGAGGAAUGCUAGGGGGGGAGGAGGAGGGAGAGAAAAGAGAGGUGGUGGUGGUGGGGGUGAAGGUGGAAAGGGGGAGAAAGGGGGUGGUGAUGCUGGCCCGUCGAGGGAGAAUAGAGGGAGGGGAAGGGGGAGAGGCGGGAGGAGGGAGCAGUCGGGUACGUCAGGGCCGGCGGCUGCUGUAGCUGUUGGUGAGGGGAGCUGA